UUGUUCGAUGUGCCGUCGUAUCAGCAUUUGGUCCAUAGCAUUUUUCGUGGUUCAUCACAUCUGUAUCAUACACAUAUACCCAAUUUCAAAAUUUCAUUCCAGAAAUUACCACUAGACUCUACUAAGCAUGACUGGGCAGAUUGCUACUACAUAGUUCCAAAUAUUUUAUCAGUUGCCUUUGCAUCAUCAAUCCGUUACGACUGGAUAAAAGGAACGCUAAACCCAAUCAAGCGUGCCGCCAAAAGUGCCAAGCCAAGGUGUCGACCUCACCUUCAAACGCCUCCACAUCACACCGACGACAUCCACCACCACAGUCCUCCUUGACGGAGCCCGCGCCUCCCGCACACUCUCCACUCCACCCAUCAUAUUCACGUGCUUACUUCCUCUCUACGGCUCCCGCUAAAAUGCAAUCCCUCGCCCCCCUCCGCGCCAUCGCGCGGCGCACCGCACACCAAUCCCUCAAGACAAGCCCGAAGGCCCAGAUCAACCGACCCUUUUCGCAAACUGUCACAAGAGCUGGUGACCACGGUACCUCGUACGAUCCGCCCUCUGGAUGGCUGUUCGGCGUCAAGCCCGGCGAGAAAUACCAGAAAGAGGGGUGGGAGACUAUCUGGUUCUGGGGAUUCUACGGUAGCAUUGGGCUUGGGAUUGUUGCGUAUGCCUUCAAGCCGGAUACAAGUAUUCAGACUUGGGCUCUUGAAGAGGCCCGUCGUCGGUUGGAAGCAGAGGGUAUCCUGCCGGACCCGGACGCGUCAAAAAAGGAAUAGACCGACCCCAGACACAUAUUAUAUGAUUAGAAGAGAUGGUAUCACAAUA